AUGACGCUGUUCUCCUCGAACUCCGGAGGUAUCAAGAACUAUGUGAAUACAUGGAAGGGCAAUGGUGGAAUCCCGGAGCUGCUGGAAGUGCUCUGGUCGAUGUCUGGACUGCGGGACGAGGACGUAUGCAGCUGGGUCGCAGAGAGAGCAGCGAAGAUAUGUGCACGGGAGGCAGGCUGGCUCACAGACAGAGCUGCGGAAGGACCGCAUACUGUGUAUGCUGAACGACUUCGCUCGCCAGCGACAACCGUGUCUGUCGCACAGCUGAAGUCCUUCCGAAUCGAGGACCUCACGGCAGCGUAUUCCAAGACUAUGCCUCGGACUCGGAUGAUCAUGAAGGCAAUCAUCAACAAGGAGAACACAGCGAGGGAUAGCGAAAGCCGGAAUCCAGACGAUGGGUGCACAUUGGCGACAUCGAUACUGUUGAAUCUGCGUAGCCAGAAGUCCAACAUGCUGAAUCGCUUCGGUGUCUCUGUGUCUUAUGAUCACCUAUGUACCUCUAUCCUGGUGCUCUCGGCGAACGCACUUCGCAUCGCACGCAAGAUCGCCAACGACCCCCGAAAUAUGAUCAUGCUGCCAUACGACAAUUUCAACUGGGUCUCCGGUGUGUGGGAGACAUCAGUUCUCCACGGUGCUGUACAGCAUGACCAGGUAUCCGCGAUGGUCAUCAGCCUCACCCUUCCUGAAAGUGGGACCGCACAUCGCCUCGCAAGUGUUGAGCGUUUCGAAGCAUGCCGUGGGACUCGUCACCGGCUGCCUGCACAGACAGCCUUGCAGGACAUUGUGCCGAGUGAAGCAGACCAUACUGCCUUCCGUGACGCAGCUAUCAGCCAUGUCAUGAUGAUUCUGGUGGACGAGGUUGCGGGAUUUGCGGGUUUCCGUGCAAGUGUUCCAGGGCUUGUUGACCCCGAUGCGAUUCCCGUACGCAAGACCGAUCGCCAUUACCUACCGACGUUCGACCAAGAGCAAGGGUCGACACGCGGCAACAUGGCCGUGUUGAAACACUAUUUCAUCGAUGUACUGCAGAUCCCUAAAGCAGUCUUCGAAGAUACAAUGUUCUUCGUUCUUGGGACCGGCUCACAACUGCACGCGAUCGGGCAGCGCAGGACCAAAGAGGAGUCGAUCGCUCCGAUUUCAGGGCGGACCACCUCUCAAGCCUCGCUAUGA